AUGCUUCUUGUCCGGCUAUCAGGUGCUGUUAUUUCUGCAAAUAAAACAAAGAAGAAAAAGUGUUGUGAGACAUUUGUCUUCCUUUUCUUUUCAGCGAGAGAGACACUGACAGAGAGCGCAUGCACGAAUUUUCCUUCCUUUCUCAUUCUGUUUACAUCUAUCUAUCUAUCUAUCUAUCUAUCUAUCUAUCUCUCUCUCUCUCUCUCUCUAUAUAUAUAUAUAUAUAUAUAUAUAUAUAUAUAUUCAUUUCAUUUUCUUCACAUUAGCUAUUUAUCUAUUUUUGUCAGAUUGUUCAUACCUAUUUAUCUAUCUAUCUCAGCUUGUUCAAUAUCUAUCUAUUUCCGUUACAACACUAUCUAUCUAUCUAUCUAUCUAUCUAUCUAUCUAUCUAUCUAUCUAUAUUAUAUACCUAACCCUUUCAACACUAUCUAUCUAUCUAUCUAUCUAUCAUUUAGAUAUUUUAGUUAUUCCCCAUUCAGUAACCCUUACAACACUACCUAUCUAUCUAUCUAUCUAUCUAUCUAUCUAUCUAUCUAUUAUAUACCGUACAUAUGA